AUACAAUAUAUUGUAGUAAUUAUUUCAACUGGAAUGAACAUUGGAGUGUUAGAAGUUGGUAAAAGAAACCUCUUCAAAUAUGGUAUAAAUUAGUGAAAUCCUAUAUUCGCAACUGAUGAAUCUCAACAAAGAUAUCUGAAAAAAAAAAAACAAAAUAAAGAACGCAACAAUAUUGCUAAAGUAGUGGCCAUAGAUGAAAGUGUUGUGUCUCAAACCAACUGGAGGAGACGUCAUUCAAUGACGUCAUUUAUAUUCAUUCCAAAAUACCGAAAGAAAAGUAAAGCAGUAUCUAAAUAUAAAAAUAUUGUGUGGUGAAACAAAUCAUCACUUCGAGAGCUGAAAGAACCGAGAUAUCUCCAUUCUGCAUUCUUGUGUUGUUGCUGCUUACAGUGUUCUGAAGAUUUUGCAUUUGAAAACAAAAAUAGUGUUAGACAUUGGACAUUGAUAAAAAAUAUUGCUCUAAAUGAUAAACGCGGCUGUUAAAGUGUAAUCAAAGGUGUUGGUGUUGUUAUGCGUCCCUCCAUGUAUUCUCUGUGUGAACUGUAAUUUGAAGACGUUCAUCCAAAACUCCGUCUGAAGCUCUUGUUGCAAGAUAUACUCAAAUCAAGUUGUGAUAAGUGGAGUGGUGCAGAAAAUUAAAUUAAAACCAAAACUACAGUAGUCCAAAAAUGCAUCGUUCCGAUUCCAUUAGAAGGGAUCGUUCCUUCGAUAGUGUACUUAAUCGAUUAAUGCGUAUUCGUUCGCAAAAUCAUGAAAGUUUUAAGGCGGCAAUGUAUAACUUCCUUAUAGCUGCUGGUAUAGCUGCAUUUGUGGCAGUAUGUUUCAUACUGGGACCAUUUGUGCGGCCUUUGCUAUGGGCGUUUCUAAUGGGUGCCGUCCUAUUUCCGUUUAAACGUAAAUUGGCUCAGCUACUGAAUAGAUGGUUUGAAAAACUCGAAGAACGUGACUCCAAUGUUUUUGUAUCACUUUGUUUGGCACCCUUGGAAGCCACCGAGAGUUGCGGCAGUUAUUUGGUGGAUUGGCUUAAAGAACACUGGCAAGUGAUAACAGCUGGAGUGGGCAUAGCCACGUGUAUAAAACUUUUGGUUUUAUAUGCACCCAAAGGAUUCUUGUGUGCUGUAUGGCGUUUGGUGAUAUUUUCACAUUCGAUUUUUGUUACCUUGAUUGGAUUUAUGAACAUAUAUUUGUUGGUAGCCAUAAUUGCCAUAUACUUAACCUCCGUCACCUUCUUCUGGAAGCCAUCGAAUAGCAAUACCUUCGUUAUAGCUGGUCAAUCAUUAUGGAUAGCCAUUGUCAGCUAUGGUUGUAGCUUUUUGGGCGCGCUACAAGUACCUGCAUUUUUACUUGUUAUGCUUUAUGUGGGAGCCUCCAUUAUAUAUCAUUUGCAAAAUACCGAAGAUUCCAGCACGUUAGUGGAGAAAUUAAGGAAACUCUUGGAUAAGAGUGAUUUUGAAAAAUCCAUCAAUGCUUUAAAAUGCCUUAGCAAAAAACAACAAAGUCUGCAUUCAGACAUCGAAGACGUUUCGUUCAGUGAAACUAUGGAUUCCAUGGAAACCUUGGAGGCAUACGAUGAGCAUGCCGAAGCCAAAGAAACCGAUGAAGAGUCUGAGCCACAUCCUAGCGGCACAUAUUUUAAAUUUCUAUUCUAUGCUUGCGUGGCCACAUUUUUAUAUCGCAAUGUGUGGAUGUUCAUAUUGGCAUUCAUACCGAUUUUAAUGCAUGUUUUGUAUUGGCUAGGAGAAUACUCAGGUUUUAUACAGUUUGUUUCGGCCAAGAUCAAUGACAUCUAUAACAAUAUUAAGUCUUGGGCCAUUGAACAUCAUUCGGCUGUUUUACCCUUGUGCUUGCCCGGUAUCUUGGAGUUGAAUUACAAAAUCAAUGGCAUCAUACGCAAUGGCUUAAAGUCUUCUGUGGAUUUAGUCACCUCCAUUUUAAUGAUUAUCCUUAUGAUACUGCUGAUUGUCUUCCUUGGGGUAUUCUUUUGUGUGAAUAUCUAUUCGGAAACCAUUGAGGUGGCCUAUUUGGGCAAAGAUUUAAUUAACAAAACCAUUACCGAUCGUCCCGAGCUUAUCGAUAUUCUACCUGCCAAUAUACAAUCCACCUUGGACGAUGCUUUGGAUAAUGCCCAUCACUAUGGAAGGCGUAAAAUUGAAACCUAUAUUGAUGAUUGGCUAGCCGAUGCAGAUGCUGUACAUGCCACCAAAUUGAAAGAGCAAAUAUUGGAUGUUUGGGAUCGUUUGAUUCAGUAUUGGAUAGAUUUUAACAAAUCCGAUUCAUAUGGGCCGCGUGUACCCACCGAGGCCUUGAAAACUACUUUUGGCGAAAUCGUCGAUAAUCCUGGCCAUUUUAAAGAGCUAGUUUUAGUGGCGAAACAGGGCAUCAUUGGCUGGGCCAAAAGCAACACACAAACCAUAAUGGAAGUGGCCGAAUCGUUGUGGCACAUCAUACGCACCAAUCUGUCAAUGAUUAUGACAUUUACGGGAGAGAUACUAUCGCUGGUGUUAUCGGGAGGACAAGCGUGUGUGGAAUUCAUUUUGGAUAUGAUUGUUUUCUUUACCGCGCUGUUCUAUUUACUAUCCAGCAGUCAAACGAAAUAUGCUCCUCUACAAAUCACUCAGUAUAUAGGCGUUUCUUCUUCCGGCUCCAAAAUAGCAGAUGCCUUGGAAAAUUCCAUUUCCGGCGUACUAAUCUCCAUGUUCAAGUGUUCAUUAUUCACUGGUCUCUUCACUUGGCUAGUACAUACAGUGUUUGGGGCACGCAUUGUGUUUCUUCCCUCAGCUUUGGCCGCCAUCUUGUCAGCAGCUCCGUUUUUGGGUUCCUACUGGUGUUCGCUACCAGCUUUGCUUGAACUAUGGCUAGCCCAAGAUCGUCUGUAUGCUGGUAUUAUUCUGUUUCUGUUGCAGUUCUUUGUGCCACCCUAUUUCGAGGCUGCCAUAUAUGCUGAGAUGAAGGGUGGUGGUCAUCCCUAUUUGACUGGCUUGGCCAUAGCCGGUGGCAUGUAUUGGAUCGGUUGGCAAGGUGCUAUUUUUGGACCUCUGAUGUUGUGUUUCUUCAUUGGUAUAUUUGAGGUGGCUGCCGUAGCAAUGCGCUCAAAUGCAGACGCCAGACGUAGCUCUGAUGAAGAUACUCGUACCACUGCACGUCGACAUUCCCUUAAUGAUUACUACUUUUACUAAACUCUCCCUCGAAAGAAAACAAAAAAAAAAUAUGGAAAUAUCCUAUCCAAAAAAAGAAGAAGAAAUACUUCCACAUUUUACACAAAAAUGCCUUCUUUUUAUAACAAAAUUAAAAAAAAAACAACUUUACUACUGCAACUACCACUACUACAACUACUACUCACUAUAUACAAACGAACGAAUUUGUUUAAAAAUUAUUUUUUCAUAUAUUUAUUUUUUUUAAUACUCGAAUAAACUUUUAAAAAACUAAAAUUUUUUUUAGAAGUUAUAAAAAUGCUCCCACUUAAGUGAUUAUGAGAUAAAAUCCAAUAUAGUAUAAACAUUUUUUUAUACACGAGAUUUAUGUAAAAUAUAACAUUUUUAUAAUUUUUUAUAUUCCUUUCAAUAUGAAUGUCCUCUUAAUUAAAGUUAUGAUAGCAACUUCUACGAAAAUGCUAAUUCAAAUUAACAAUUUCGUGGUUUAAGAACUUGUACAAAAGAAUUUAAAUAAAAUAACCAUUUAAGUGAUUGACUUUGAAAUUUCCAUUUUUCUAUCUAUAAAGAUCUCAUUGAACUCAUUAAAAACUUUUUCCAAUCCGUCCAAAACUAGGUCUCUAAAAGUAAUGAAACUUGUGACCUGAAAAUUUCAGUAUCUAGUUGGCACGUCUCUUCUUUGUCUAAAUAAUUUAGACAUGAAAAGCUUUUUCGGUAUUAUUUUGUGUAGUAAAGUACCAAUUUUCUUAGUGUUGUAGUGGGUGAAGAUAUUAUGUCUGCAAAUUAAAAUCUCAAAAGAGAAAGAGACGAAAUAUUUUGACAGAUAUUUAUAUUACUAGCCGAACCGGGCCCGGUCCGCUGCGGCUUCUCUUACUCUCCAAGAUAUUCUUAGGGUAGGGGCACUUCGCCAUGAAUGUGGAUAUAGAAUUCGUCCGCCUAUGACUCUGAACGCCUGCAUUCGAAUCCUGGCGAAAACAUCGUACAAAAUUUAAAUCGGUGGUUAUCACCUCUAAAUUCUGACAACAUUUGCGAGGUACCAUGCCAUGCCUGGUCACAUAAAAAUCUCUCCAAAGAGGUUUCGCAUUGCGGUACGCCGUUAUCAUUGAGUUUAAUCUUGAAUCGGAAAGCACUCAUUGAUGUGUGAGAAGUUUGCCCCUGCUCGGUUCCUGGGCAAUUUUUUACUCUUCUCCCAAAUGCUUUUCUUUUGAGUCCUAUAUUACAGUAUUGGUAAAUAUUUCCGGUUUAGGAUGUAUUUCGGGGGUGGUGUGGCCAUCCAGACACUUGGCCCUUAAAGUCAAUGUAUGAUUCGUUCUCUACUUUCAUGUACAUUUUAUGUGAGCCCCAUACUGGCGUGAUUGGUAACUAAAUUCUGUUUGAGGGUGGGGUUGAC